AUGUUGCUGAACGAUCGUCCCUCCGCUUCGAAUUAUUUCAACUCAACGGUGUUGCAGGAAUGGACACGUGCCACAAAUGUGCGCAUACGCUUGUUGCGUACCAAAAAUUUACUUGGCCAUUUGAUGUCGGUAGCACGUCAGGAUCCGACAGUUACGCGUCGUUAUUUCUACUCGAUUAAGGAUAUUUCGAUUGGUGGUCGCUGCAUGUGUAACGGUCAUGCGGAUACUUGCGAUGUGAAGGAUCCGAAAAGUCCGGUGCGUAUUUUGGCAUGCCGCUGCCAGCAUCGCACCUGUGGCAUACAAUGUAACGAAUGCUGUCCGGGCUUUGAGCAGAAGAAAUGGCGACAGAACACCAAUGCGCAUCCAUUCGAAUGCGAACCUUGCAAUUGCCACGGUCACACGAACGAAUGUGAUUAUGAUGAGGAAGUCGAUCGCAAGGCUUUGUCGCUGGAUAUACAUGGGCGCUACGAUGGCGGUGGCGUCUGCAAGAAUUGUCAACACAACACCGAGGGCAUCAACUGCAACAAGUGUAAGGGCAAAUAUUAUCGACCGUUCGGCAAAUUCUGGAAUGAGACUGAUGUGUGUCAACCUUGCAACUGUGAAUACUUCUACUCGACCGGCCAUUGUGAGGAGGAAACUGGCCGAUGCGAAUGUCGUAAGGCCUUCCAACCGCCAAAUUGCGACUCUUGCGCCUAUGGCUACUAUGGCUAUCCCAAUUGUCGUGAGUGUGAGUGCAACUUGAAUGGCACUGAGGGUCAUCAUUGCGAGCCAAUUAAUGGCGAAUGUCCAUGUAAAAUCAAUUUCGCUGGCCAUUAUUGUAAACAGUGCGCCGAAGGUUUCUAUGCUUUUCCCGAAUGUAAAACUUGCCAGUGUAAUAAGAUUGGCUCGAUCAGCAAUGACUGCGAUGUGGUGACGGGUCAAUGCAAGUGCCUAAGCAGCUUUGGUGGUGAGCAGUGCGAGCAUUGUAAAGAUGGCUACUACAACUAUCCCAAGUGUCAAUAUUGCGAUUGCGACAUUCAGGGCACAGAAUCGGAAAUCUGUAAUAAAGAGACAGGCCAAUGUAUUUGCCGCGAAGGAUUUGGUGGGCCACGUUGUGACAUAUGCCUACCUGGUUACUAUGAUUAUCCGGCCUGCAAGCACUGUAACUGUUCUACAGAAGGCAGCACAGCCAUCACCUGCGACAACACUGGCAAAUGUAACUGUCUACCCAACUUUGCCGGCAAACAAUGUACACUUUGCAGUGCUGGCUACUACAGUUACCCGCAAUGCUUGCCUUGCAACUGCGACGUGCACGGAUCCGAAGGUGUCACCUGUAAUGCGGAUGGACAGUGUUCGUGCUACCCCAAUUUCGGCGGCAAACUUUGCGACUCCUGUAAGGAGGGUUUCUACAACUUCCCCAGCUGUGAAGAUUGCAAUUGUGAUCCGGCUGGUGUUAUUGACAAGUUUGCUGGCUGCGGCUCAGUGCCAAUAGGCGAAUUGUGUCAGUGCAAGGAACGCGUUACGGGCCGUAUUUGUAACGAAUGUAAACCGUUGUACUGGAAUUUGACUAUCAGCAAUCCAGAUGGCUGCGAAGUGUGUGACUGUUGGACGGAUGGUACAAUUGCCGCCUUGGAUACGUGUCUAUCGAAGUCGGGACAAUGUACGUGCAAGCCUCAUACACAGGGACGCACUUGUAGAGAGUGCAAAGAUGGCACAUACGAUUUGGAUGGCUCAUCGCUGUUCGGUUGCAAGGACUGCAGCUGUGAUGUGGGCGGUGCGGAACGUAGGGAAUGCGAUAAAUUGACUGGACAGUGUAAGUGUCAUCCGCGUGUGACUGGACGAGGUUGCACGCAGCCGCUGACAACUCACUACUUCCCCACGCUGCAUCAAUUCCAAUAUGAAUACGAAGAAGGCUCACAGCCGUCGGGUGCACAAGUGCGCUAUCAAUACGAUGAGAAUGUGUUUCCCGGUUUCAGUAGCAAAGGUUAUGCGGUCUUCAAUGACAUACAGAAUGAAGUGCGUAAUGAGUUUAUGGUGAAGAAAUCUUCACUAUAUCGCAUCGUAAUACGCUAUGUAAAUCAAAAUCCCUUCAAUGUGACUGCCAGUAUACUCAUACAGUCGGAAAAUCCAAUCGAAGCGGAUCAAAAUGUCAAAGUGCUGCUGCGUCCAACAACCGCCCCACAAUUCGUAACUGUCUCGGGCGUAAAGGGUAAUAAGCCAUCACCGAUUGUUUUGGAUCCUGGUUCCCGCUACACUUUCACAACAAAAGCAAGCAAGAAUGUAAUGCUCGACUAUUUCGUGCUACUGCCAGCGGCCUACUAUGAAGCCUCAGUGUUGACACGCAAGAUCACAAAUCCUUGCGAAUUGGGCAAUAUGGAGCUGUGUCGUCAUUAUAAAUACGCCUCCGUGGAUGACUUCCAGCCAUCCUCCACACCCUUCAUUGUUGGUGCCAAUGGCAAACCUACAAAUCCCAUCGAAGUGUACGAUGAUCCUGAGCAUUUAUCGAUCAUCGGUCAUGUGGGUGAUAUACCAGUUAUCAGCGAUACUCAGCGCGAGCUUAGCUACAUUGUCGAUGUGCCGCAUAGUGGGCGUUAUAUUUUCGUAAUCGAUUAUGUAAGCGUGCGCCAAUUUGCCGAGCCAUACUUCGUCAAACUGCGUUUGGGCAAUAAUGAGGAGGACUACGGCACUACCACCUUAUAUCCUUGCGUCUAUUCAAUGGCCUGUCGCACGCCGAUCAUCGAUGAGAACAGUCGUGAGAAACCGUUUUACAUUUCUAAGGAUGAUCUAAAGCCCGUAAUCGUUAGUACUGACUACGACGAUUUUGGCCGUGUUGCGAUUAUUUCCGUGACUGCCAUACCAGUGGAUAAAUGGUCCAUUGACUAUAUCGAACCCAGUGCUGUUUGCGUUACACACAAUAAUCAAUGUGCCGCACCGAAAUUCCGCUCGGUACCCGACUCGAAGAAAAUCGAAUUUGAAACUGAUCACGAAGAUCGCGUUGCUGAAAAUAAGCCACCAUAUGCUGCGUUGGAUGAGCGUGUGAAGCUGGUAUAUUUGGAUAAUAAGGAAAACAUGAGCACCAUUGUGAUUGACUCACAAGUAAGCGAACCGGGAAGAUAUGUCAUUUUGGUCAAAUACUACCAGCCGCAUCAUCCGAAAUACAAUGUUCUCUACACGCUGACCACAGCCAAGAAUCAAUAUAGCGGCAAAUUCGAUAUUAGUCAUUGUCCGUCCAGUUCUGGCUGUCGUGGUGUUAUACAACCUACUGGCGAAGAUGAGUGGUUCGAUAUUGAAGACGAUUUCAAAUUCACUUUAACGAAUACACGCCCACAAGGUGUCUGGCUUGACUACUUGGUGAUCGUACCAAUAAACCAGUACAAUGACGAUUUACUCGUUGAGGAAUUGUUCGACCAGACGAAGGAGUUCAUCAAAGAUUGUGGUCAAGAUCACUUCCACAUCACCCAUAAUGCCUCCGAGUUUUGCAAGAAAUCAGUCUUCUCGCUAACAGCUGAGCACAAUAUUGGCGCGCUGCCCUGCAAUUGUGACUACGAGGGUUCCAUCAGCUUUGAAUGCCAUCCGUUUGGCGGUCAAUGUCAGUGCAAACCGAAUGUAAUCGGUCGGCAAUGUAAUGCCUGCCGCACUGGCUUUUACGGCUUCCCCGAAUGUAAGCCUUGCGACUGUCCCAGCACGGCCAUGUGCGAACCCAAUACCGGCGAAUGCGUGUGCCCACCGAAUGUGAUGGGCGAACAGUGUGAGAAGUGCAUGCCCAACACAUAUGGCUUCCAUCAGAUAAUAGGCUGUGAAGACUGUAAUUGCAAUUAUUUGGGUAUUGCGAAUGGUAAUCAGCAGUGCGACAUGUUCAACGGCUCGUGCGAGUGUCGUCAAAAUAUAGAAGGACGCGCUUGCGACAUAUGCUCGAAUGGGUACUUCGAUUUUCCGCGUUGUGACCGUUGUAGUUGCAAUGUGGCUGGUACCAUGGCGGAAAUUUGUGAUAAGGUCGAUGGCAGUUGCUUCUGCAAAAGCAAUGUUGUGGGUCGGGAUUGCGAUCAGUGUCAGGAGGGCACAUACAAUCUGCAGGAUAGCAAUGCGGAUGGCUGCACAUCUUGUUUCUGCUUUGGCAAGACCACACGCUGCGAGAGCGCCUACUUGCGGGUCUACAAUGUCAGCUUGUUGAAGAAGGUUACCCUCAACUCAGCGCAGUUCAAUGAGAAGGAGAUUGAUUUCCAAAUUUGGGAUAUACCGCAAGAGGAACUGUUGGUUAAUGAGACCACGUUGAAGGCAGAUUUCUCAUUCCACGAAGUGAACGAUGUGGAGGCCGAAGACGUUGUGUAUUUCGGUGUGCUCGACUAUCUACUCAAUCAGAAUAGCCACAUAUCGGCUUAUGGUGGCGAACUCGCCUACACAUUGUACUACACUACCGGCCCGUCUGGCAAGCCAUUGCUGGCGCCUGAUGUCAUUUUACUCAGCAAAGAUCAUUUACUGGUACAUCAAAGCUAUGAGCAGCCCACGAGCAAUCAGGCGUUCACAAAUCGCGUACAAAUGGUUGAGUCAAACUUCCAAACACAGAAUGGCAAAUUGGUUACACGCGCUGAGUUCAUGAUGGCGCUACGUGACCUGAAGAUGAUCUUCAUACGUGCCAAUUACUAUGAGCAGACCUUCAUUUCGUAUCUGUCCAACGCAUACUUGACGCUCGCCGACGAAGACGAGGAAAAUUUUGGUGAUUACCAAUUCCUAGCGGUUGAACGCUGCCACUGUCCACCUGGCUAUACAGGCUUGUCUUGCGAAGAUUGCGCACCUGGUUACUACCGUGACACAAACGGUCCUUACGGUGGCUAUUGUAUACCGUGCGAGUGCAAUGGACAUGCCCAAACUUGCGACUGCGCCACAGGAAUUUGCAAAGAUUGCCUACACACAACGACCGGCGAUCACUGCGAGCUCUGCCAGGAGGGCUACUAUGGCAAUGCCACUUAUGGCUCACCACACGAUUGCAUGAUUUGCGCUUGUCCAUUGCCCUAUGAAACUAACAAUUUUGCGACGAGCUGUGAAAUCUCCGAAUCCGGCCAUGAAAUACACUGUGAAUGCAAACCGGGUUACACUGGUCCACGUUGUGAGGCGUGCGCCAACGGUUUUUAUGGUCAACCCGAGAAGGCUGGUGACUACUGCAAACCUUGUGAAUGCUCUGGCAAUAUUAAUCCACAAGAGCCGGGCUCGUGCGACACUAUCACCGGCGAGUGCUUGCUUUGCUUGAACAACACCUUUGGCGUGGCCUGUAAUUUGUGCAAGCCGGGUUUCUAUGGUGAUGCAGUGAAUCUGAAGAACUGCCAGAGCUGUGAUUGUGAAGAAUUGGGUACGCUAGAGUGCGAUCCGUAUGAGGGUAAAUGCCAUUGCCACGAGAAUGUAAUAGGCGACCGCUGUGAUCGUUGUAAACCGGAUCAUUAUGGUUUCGAUUCGGGUUUGGGUUGUCGCGCGUGCGAUUGUGGUGUGGCCUCCAACUCCACGCAAUGCGAUGGGCACACAGGUAAAUGUGCUUGCAAGCCGGGUGUUACGGGACGCCAGUGUGAUCGCUGCGCCGUAGAUCAUUGGAAUUACACAGAACAAGGCUGCCAGCCAUGCCGCUGCAAUCAAGGCUAUUCGCGUGGAUUUGGCUGUAACGCAUUUACUGGCCAGUGCGAAUGUUUGCCCGGCGUCAUUGGCGAUCGUUGCGAUGCAUGUCCCCACCGCUGGGUGUUGGUUAAGGAUGAAGGCUGCUUCCAAUGUGAUUCGUGCCACGAUGCGCUGCUGGAUGUGACCGAUAGUCUACGCUAUCAAAUCGAUCCAGUUGUCCAUGAAUUCCAAUCGGUGGCGCUCGCAUUUUUCACGAGUCAGAAGUUGAACUACUACAAUGAUUUGACCGAUAAAAUUGCGCCUGAUGUCGCAAGUCUCGAUCCGAAACGCAUUAAUUUGGAUCCAGCGCGUGCUUUGGUUGCUGAAUUGGAAUCGGAGGCGAAGAUGUAUGGCAAAGCGGUUAAUUUCAGCAUGAGUAAUGCAUUGGACAGCCGUCAGGCGGCGAGUGAGUUGAUAGUGAAUGCAACUGAUUUGCGUGAGAGGUCUAAGCUGAGCGCCUUUGAGGCACGCGAUGCCAUAAACUCGGUGGAUGCGCUUUCCAAAAACCUGGAAACGGCGGCCAGCACGAAGAUCGAUAGUGCACUGGAAGAAGCGCAGCGUAUACUGCAAGAACUGAGUGAUACCAAAAUCGAUUUGGCUGCCAAUCAGAAGAUACUGAACAAAUCCAGAGAAGUCACAACAGAGGUGGACAUACUUAUUUCACCGAUCAAGAUCCAAAAUGAGACGUUGAAUGUGCUGAAGGACGAUAUUGGCGAUUUAAGUGAUAAACUUGAAGAUCUCUACUAUUGGAGCGGCAAUGCGACAAAUAAUGCCUACGACGUGGAACACUUAAACGACUUGAAUAAGCAAGCGUUUGAUAACUCCAAAUUCGAUACAGUUUCUGAUCAACAAAAGGAGGCGGACAAAAACAUUGUAGAAGCCGGAAAAUACCUUAUUAACGGUGACCUGGCAUUAGUCGAUAUAGAUAAUCGUAUUAUGCAACUCUCCAGUGUACUCUCCGAUCUAAAAGAUAUCAACAAGAAUGUUGACGACGAUUUGCCCGAAAUGGAGAAGGAAAAUAGCGAAGUAAGCGAGUUGGCGGUACAGGCCAUACGACGCGCUGACGAAUUGAGCGAAAGCGCACAUGAUCUCACCGAGCAGUACGCCGACAUGACCGCCAACGCGGAACCGGCAAUUAGAGCGGCAACAGCCUAUAGCGACAUCGUAGAUGCGGUCUCUUCAGCGCAACAGUUUACCAAGGAGGCCAAAUUCGCUGCUGGUAAUGCAACGGAAAUCACAGAUGGCAUUGAAGAUCGCGCCGGUCGUGCAGAUAAAGACUCUGGUGAGCUGCUGCAAAAAGCGCGUGGCUCCUUGAACAAGGUGCAGAGCGAGCUGGAACCACGUUUGAAUGUCUCCGCUACCAAAGUGGAGGGUAUAUCCAAUUUGAAUAAGAACACCGAGAAGCGUCUGGAACAGAUUAACAUCGAUUUGCAAAAGUUGUCGGUCGAUACGCAACGCGAUCUAUGGACGAAUGCCAACCAGAAUGCCAGCGACGCGCUGAACAUAAUUGACGGUGCGCUGAACGUUUUGCGGCCAGUAAGUGAGCAAACGGAGAAGGAGCUGGAGAAGGCGCGCAACAUUUCGAAGGAUAUUGAUGGCACAACCAAAGACUUGUCACAGGCUAGAUCGCAGUUAGACACGGUGGAAGACACAAUACCGCAGCUGAAUGAAUUGGCGGAAAUAAUCGAGCAAGAACAGGCGAAUGUGGAAGAGAUCGGUCAGUUGUUGGGCGAAGAUAUUGAGAACUUGAAGCGCCAAAUUGAAACUGCACGCCAGAUUGCCAAUGACAUUAAGGUGGGCGUACGCUUCUCGCCAGGCACCGUAUUGGAACUGAAGACACCGGAGACUACACCACUCUUAGCCACCAAGACGAAGGUGUCAGCCUAUUUCAAGACAGAGAAACCAAACGGCUUCCUCAUGUACUUGGGUAAUCACAAUAGAACCUCAUCGGUUGGCACUUUGCCCGCAAACAAGGACAACGAAGACUUCAUGGCGCUCGAGAUCGUAAAUGGCUAUCCGAUUUUGACGAUCGAUGUAGGUAAUGGUCCCGAACGUAUCACAAGUGAUAAGUAUGUCGCCGACGGCAACUGGUACCAGGCGGUGGUCGAUCGCACGGGCUCGAAUGCGAAGUUAAUCAUUUAUGAAGAAUUGCAGGACGGCUCCGUGGCCAAUCAUACAAGCGAACAGCCAUUGCUUGGCGCUAACAAUGUGUUCAAUGUCGAUCGCAACAGCCGUUUGUUCGUUGGCGGUUUGCCACCGCCAGCUGACUUCACGCCACCGCACGAUAUACAAAGCAAUGCUUUCGAAGGCGAGAUCGAAGAUCUCAGAAUAGGCGAUGAGCAUGCGGGCUUGUGGAACUUUGUAUUUGGUUUGGAGAAUAAUCAAGGCGCAUUGCCGCGGAAUAAAUUACUAACCGAGGAGAUACCACCAACAGGCUAUCGCUUCAAUGGCAAUGGCUAUGUGUCGCUAAAGGCCGCACCCUACAACUUGAAGGCACGCUCCAGCAUACAGUUCAGCUUUAAGGCAUCGAAAGAUUCCAAAGACGGUCUGAUGUUCUUCUACGGCCGCAAUGAUCAGUUCAUGUCUGUCGAGUUGGUGAAUGGUGGUGUAUUCUUCCGCUACAAACUGGGUGAGCAUUUGGUCUCAGCGGGCAGUGAAGAUCGCUACAAUGACGACAAAUGGCAUGUAGUGGUGGCCGAACGCGACGGCAGACGCGGUCAGCUGAAGGUCGACAAUGUAUUGAUAUCGCAGGAAGAAGCGCCAGCCGAUGCCAGCGAGACAAUGCAAAUACCCAAACGUAUCUUCUUUGGUGGCUACCCUGGCAAACGUAAUCAUUCGGCCGUUGUUGAGCAGAACUUCGAUGGCUGCAUUGAUGAAGUGUCCAUUUCGGGUACAAAGGUGGAUUUGGGUAACAACAUGCAAGCACAUGGCGUCAAGCCAGGUUGUCCGAAGAAGUUCUCAACAGUUUUGGCAUAUCCGCCAAAUGAAUACGGCUACCUGCGCAAGGCUAACGUGUCGUCGGACAAUAAGCUGAAUGUAAAUCUUAAGUUCAAGACACGACAACGCGACGGCGUGCUCUUCUAUGGCGCCAAUCACGAUCAGAGCGCGAAUAUAGGUUUGACACUGAACGAUGGCUAUUUGACGUUGCGCAGCAUGGGCGCUGAAGUGGUAUCGGACAUGAAGAAGCUGAACGAUGGCGAGGAGCAUGUGGUGACUGUGCAACAUGAUGGCGAUCAGUUGCGCCUGUCCAUAGACGACACGGAAGAUAAACGAUUACCCUACACGCCGGAGCCAUUGUAUAUACAAGCAGGCGAUGUGUUCUUUGGCGGUUUACCGGAUAAUUACAUACCAGUGCGUAACGCGCUUCCCACCUUGGCAUACUUUGUGGGCUGCAUUAGCGAUGUGACAAUCAACGGAGAGAUCGUCAAUUUCGCUGACAGCGCUGAAAAGCGCAAUGGCAAUAUCAAUAAUUGUCCAACAGAUAUUUUAGCUUAUGACGUUGCUGAUGUGCCAUUGUACUUCCCUCAAGGCGCAAAUGAGCUACUACCAGAGCCGGAGUAUCCCGGUAACUUUGCCGCACCAGCUCUACCGCCAUUAGCGCCAUUCGCGCCCACGCAGGCGCCACCCAUAACCACAACGACAUCACGUCCCGUUGAAGUUGCGACUGUAACCAGCACUACAACAACGACAAAGCUACCGCCUACACAGAGUCCUCCCAUUAUGGAAACACGUUUCGGUGAGGGCGAGGAAGUAGAACCAGAACGCGAGGGAGAAGCAGAAUCAGAACCAGAAACAGAACUCGAAAAACAACCCGAGGCGAAACCAUUGCCACCAUUACUGCCUGAGAUCGGCCCGGCAAGACCCGCACUGCCACAAAAUCAACCAGAAGAUCCACGCUGCAAACUUCCAACGAAUCCAAACUUCGAUGUCGACUAUAACGAAGCUGGUUAUCGUUUAUAUUCGAUGCGUGAACAACGUCUCGAAAUAGCGCCACCAACUAAGUUGCGCAAACAAUAUGAUGUUAGCCUGCGCUUCAACACUGAAAACCCAGUUGGUUUGCUCUUCUAUGCGGGCAGUAAGCAACACAUCGAUUUUAUAGCGAUCUACCUUGUGGAUGGCAAAUUGCAUCAUAAGGUGAGAAUGGGACGAGAUGAAGUAGAGGUUGCCAGCAAGGAAGAGGUGAAUGACGGCGAAUGGCAUACCGUUAAAAUAACGCGCAAACAACACAUCGUCACGCUGUUCAUCGAUCAAAAUGAAGUGGACUCAGCCAGCGAAAGUGUGGAUGACAACUAUGAGUUCAAUGUACGCAACAUGACACUCUUUGUGGGUGGCGUGCCAAAGUUGUGGGAAGAAGAUCUCAACCGCAACAUCAAGUAUGUAGCUGAUGAGCAUCCCUUCUAUAAUGGUUGUCUCAAAGAGUUGCGGUUAAAUGAUUUACCGCUAAAGAAGGAGCCAGAAGCAUACCACACAGUGCCAUGCUCAACCGAGGUAGAACAGGGUUUGUUCUUCAGCAAACCGGUCGGCUUUGUGAAGCUCUUCGAUCGCUUCUCUGUGGGCACUGAUUUCAAUAUCAAUUUCGACAUCCGUCCGCGCGAACCCGACGGUCUACUCUUCUCUGUGCACGGCAAGAAUGCCUACAUGAUUUUGGAGUUGGUCGACAACAGUCUGGUGUUCACUGUCAAAUCAGACUCUAGAAAUAUUGUCACAACUAAUUACACGCUGCCCGAUAAUGGCAGCUAUUGUGACGGUAAAUGGCGUAAUGUGCAAGCAGUGAAGUCGAAAUUCGUAAUUACCAUUUCGGUGGAUUACAUAAGCACACAUCCCGGUGUUGGCACAGAUGGUUCAACGUUGACCAAGACAAAUCGUCCACUCUUCUUGGGCGGUCAUCAGGCCUUUAAUAAGGCGCCAGGAUUGAAGACCCGCAAAACAUUCAAGGGUUGCAUACGUAAUGUGCAAGUGAACAAGAAGACGGUGCGUAUUACACCGAAAAUGAUUCAUGGCGAUAUAUGGCAAGGCGUUUGCCCAUUAAAUUAGUCAACUAAUAAAGUGGGUGAGAAUUAUAAAAUUGAAACGAAAUUGAAAACGAUGACGACCGACGGUGAAAUGCUUGUAAACAAUACCAAUACUCUCAUAGCUCGAAUGCUACUCGCAAAACUGUAUUGGCAGCAGCAGCACCUUUCUCUUGACUAUGACGACUAUAACUAUGAUUUCUUAUUUUUCAAUAUAUAUUCAAUAAUUUUCUUCUCCUACAAUGUUUUAUUUGCGUUAAAUUAAGUAAAGAAAAUUUGUAUUGCCAUAUAUUU